AGCCCGCACAUCAUAAAGCCAGGAACCCUCGGCCGCCAGGCUGGGCUGCACCGCCUUGCUGAGAGGUCUCUCCCGCCUGCGCCCCCGCACCCUGCCCGCCGCCACCAUGCCCACCCACAAGCUGGUGAUCGUCCGCCACGGCGAGAGCACCUGGAACCAGGAGAACCGCUUCUGCGGCUGGUUCGAUGCCGACCUGAGCGAGAAGGGCGUGGAGGAGGCCAAGCGGGGGGCCCAGGCCAUCAAGGAGGCCGGCCUGGAGUUCGACAUCUGCUACACGUCGGUGCUGAAGCGCGCCAUCCGCACCCUCUGGAUCAUCCUGGACGGCGUGGACCAGAUGUGGGUGCCUGUGGUGCGGACCUGGCGCCUCAAUGAGCGCCACUACGGGGGCCUCACGGGGCUCAACAAGGCCGAGACGGCCGCCAAGCACGGCGAGGAGCAGGUCAAGAUCUGGAGGCGCUCCUUCGACAUCCCGCCGCCACCCAUGGACGAGCAGCACCCUUACCACGCCACCAUCAGCAAGGAGCGGCGCUACGCCAGCCUGAAGCCCGGGGAGAUGCCUGCCUGCGAGAGCCUGAAGGACACCAUUGCCCGGGCUCUGCCCUUCUGGAAUGAGCAGAUCGCUCCCCAGAUCAAGGCGGGGAAGAAGGUGCUCAUCGCUGCCCACGGCAACAGCUUACGCGGUAUCGUCAAGCACCUGGAAGAUAGCAAAGAAGCUGCUACAGAACAAAAAUUCCUGAAGGUUUCGAUGACGAGAUACACAGAUUCUGAAGAAAUGAGCACAACAGUUCAGGUCGAGAGUUGUAAAGAGGUCCCGGGCACUGGCAUGUCGGAUGAGGCCAUUAUGGAGCUCAACUUGCCCACUGGGAUCCCCAUCGUGUAUGAACUGGAUGACCAGCUGAAGCCUAUCAAGCCCAUGCAGUUCCUUGGGGACGAGGAAACAGUCCGGAAGGCCAUGGAGGCCGUGGCCGCCCAGGGCAAGGCCAAGUAAUGGCCCGGAAGUAAACCGCACAAUAAAGUCACCUCCACCAAUCUUCAUC